GCCUGCAGCUGUGUUCGGAGAUCUAGCUUAUACGUUUCCGCUAUUUACGCGUCAGCAGUAUAAGUUUUAAUUCGAGGUUAUUUGAAGCCAGCGGUACGCCGUCGCACUACACUACGGUCACACUAUGCCCAGCACGACGGAAUUACCCGAACUCGAAAUGACCUGCGUAAAAAUAACCUGUUUCUUUUUUUCUUUCUUCGAGCCGUAACCCGACCGACAGUUCGGAACACAAGAGCAGCGGCCCAUACCUCGCGAAUCUUUGCGUUCCCCAUCCGCCAUAACGCGGCGAAAAAUAAUUUAGUAAGUUCUCCUUUAAAUUAAACAAUAGCGCUGACACGAAGUGUUCUCUCAUAGAGUUCCAUUCAAAACCCGAGUCCAUCGCCUCCCGCAUGCCGCCGCGCCAUCUCUCGUAAGGCGGGGGUACCUGCCGAGCGCAAGCCGCCAGGAGGACACAAUGCGGUUGCAACGCUGCGGCAGGAUUUAGUGGUCGUUUCCCCAGUUGUCUAUCUUACAGCCAGGUCGAGACGCAGCCGACACUACUAGCUGAUGGGGCCAAUCAAACAUGGUCGAAGUUGUUUCUGUACGUGUUCUAUUGUCGCCGAACCAAUGAUUUACAAGGAAGGCCCAGUCACUUCCGCUUUUGAAACUGGUUCAUCUGUCCCCGUCAACUCGUAGCUUCUGCGGCGUCUGGGCUCUAGGUGAAACAAAGUAUAGACAAAUUGCUUUUGUCAUAACACGCGUCACGCCGGGGCGAGCGCUCAACUCUUUCAUGUCGGCGGGCCGUCAUCACACUCGCUGGUUUCCCUGGAGCGCAUUACGGGGCAUUCGUCAGAUCCUGCCCACUGACACACAGCGAUGCACUUCGGGCGAUAGCCCAACACAGUGGUUCUCAACCAUUGAUGUUUUGCGGACCCCUUGUGGAUCUGCAGAGAUGGUGGAGGACCCCGCUCGUAGUAAGGGGAAGAGGAUUGUGUAGGUUAAUUAUGAUAGUCAUUUAAUAAAUGGAUAUACCUAAGGUGUGAGAUAGACCUCCUUACUGACAUAUACGCGAAAAAACUCACCCGAAAAAUGGAGCGUUUCUUCUCAAUCUGAGAAAAGACAACUUUUACUGCCGGGCUUGACUGAUAAGGAGGGUUUCGCGGACCCGUAGAAUAUCUUCGCGGACCCCAGAGGGUCCGCGAACCCCCAUUUGAAAACCACUGGCCUAACACACGGGGCUCAGGGGUAAGAAGUCGGCAAACAGAAAUACCGUGUACCACCGCCAUUUCCCAAGCUGGCUUCCACUUCGGUCGCGAGAACUCUGCAAUAGUCACAGGCUGGAUGAACGCGACAGGGCGUCUCCUUCCCAUGCCUGGUUCCUCAGCACGCGCUCCUUGCCUUCCGCCGUACUUUGGCUACACGCGCACGUUCGAGGGCCGCGAGACGCCGCAGCCUUAUCCUAGGUAGGAACCUUGCGCUGAAGGGCGGGUCGACGAGGGAACUUUCUGCCGUUCUCAUCUUGUCAGUGUCUACAUCACACGUGGGUGGCGCGCGAGCUCUCCGGGGCGCGCUCGCGUUCGCUCGCUGGAAGAGACAAAAAGGCACACUGGCCGCGACGCGGUUGUCAACGCUCCCGCGCGUACGUAAUUCAUCGGCACGGGCAACGGCGUCGGCGUGGGGCCAUGAAUCAAAGCGUCGAUAGCGUCGAUCUAUCACGCAGACAACGGGCGGUGAAGUCCUGGGGAACGGAGCCGAGGAUCCAUCAUCGCGGCUGGGGCCGCAGCGAGUGGAACUGGAGACCAUGGCGGAAGACGCGGACGCCGUGGACACCGCGACGGCGACCACGUCCCCGGGCUCUCCGACCUCGGGAGACCCCCCGCCGCCUCCUCCGGACCCGGGUCAGCACCCGUCCCCGCCGCCGUCGGCCGUCGCAGCCCCCGUCGACGCCGCGCCCCUGCCGUCCCCGGAGUCCCCCAACCUAGACGUCCCGCUACAGAUCGACGAGGACGCGUCGCCGCCCCCGUCGCCUCCUCCGAGGGCCCCGUCCCCGCUUUUCCCGCCGUCUUGGAACCGAAAGAGGCUGGCGGAGGGGUCGACCCUGAACGGACACGGGAAUCCGGAUCGCGAAGUAGAUCGUGAUCGACACUGGGACCGCGACCGCGACCUGAAUGCCACGAAGAAAGGAGCGGAGGGCGAGACCCCGUCGCUCACCGUGGACCGGAGGAAGUCGUUGGAGGGCAGGGAGGAGCAGUCCGAGGAGGAGAAGAUUCGGGAGUACCUCGGAAGGAGCGACACGGCCGUCAUCUACCCCGAGCCCGUGGAGCCGACUAAGGCGCCCGUCGCUCCCGAUGGCGAAGGGUUGGCGGCGGCCGGCGCCACGGCCGACUCCCCCAGGAUGCUGGGCGAGCUGUUCCUACGGUGUUCGCACUGCGAGCGCAGCUUCACGGGCCCCACCGCCGUGGCGGCGUUGCGGGACCACCUCAUGUGCGCCCACUCGGACCCCCGCGGCAAGGCGUUGUGCCCGCUGAGUCCGCCGGACCUCAAGGCGGCCGACCAGGCGUCGCCGGACCUGAACGGGCUCACGUCCACGGCCUUCGUGUGCGCCAAGUGUAACGCCAGCUUCUCCAAGAAGGAGCACCUGGACAAGCACGACCUGUUACACAACCCGGCCCCCGUCGGUCAGGACGAGAACGCUGUGCUGCGCAAGUUCAAGUGCACGGAGCCAACGUGCGGCAAGGCCUUCAAGUUCAAGCACCACCUGAAGGAGCACAUGCGCAUCCACAGCGGCGAGAAACCGUUCGAGUGUCAGCACUGCCGCAAGCGCUUCUCCCACUCGGGCUCCUACUCCUCGCACAUGACGAGCAAGAAAUGCCUCAUCGUCAACCUAAAGGUUCGCAAGAUGGACACCAAGGCAGCGCGAGGACGUGCCAGCAACGGCGGAUCCCAGAACAACAACAACAACAACACCUUUCGGCCCAUCAUCCCUAAGUUCGGCGCCGGCGGUGAAGUGUCCGUUUCACCCCUAGCCGGAUCGGGUCCUUUCCUCUACGACCGCUUCCCUUUCUCGGCCCCGGACUACGGCCAUUCCCAAUCGGCCCCCGGGGGAGGCGGCCAGGGCUCGGCGCCGCAACCGUUCCCUUCGCCGUACGCGUCCCCGCUCGCCCUGCAUCACCUGCUAGCGACCCAGUUCUCGGGCUCCGCGCUGCCGGCCCACUACCUUCCCUUGGCGCCCACGUACAACGAGAUGGCGCAGAUCCUCCAGGCCCGAAAUGCCGAGAAGUGCGGUCCUCCGGUCGGCAACGGAUCGUCUAAGACACCUUCGGUGGACUACGUGAAGAAGAUGUUUGAGUUCAUGGAGUGUGCAGCGGUCAAACAGGACAACGGUUCUCCGCCGCCUGCCUCGAAGAAGAACGGCCUCCUUCCCGAGCUUCUCGCUGCCGGACCACUUCACAGCAGCGGCGCCGACGAGUCCGCCAGAUACUCCUCAUCUUGCAGACGGGAGUACAGGUGCCGCCACUGCAGGACGGCGUCGUUCGACAGCCCGCUGGCUCUCUACCAACACGAGCGGUUCAUGUGCAGCGCGAACAGGGACGUGAACCGGAACCUGGUUCAGGACCUCAAGGUGCCCAAGACGGAACCAGGCCACGAAUCUUCGAGCAGCGACACGAACUGCGACAGUGGGGACGAAGGGGAACUGAGGUCCUGCAAGAUUUCCGAGAAGGGUGCCAUGCUUCUGGACACGGCCUUCUUCAUCAACCCGUCCCCGGGUAAGAAGGACAUCGCCAGCCUUGCCCAGGCGAUAGGGAGCAGCACGAGAGCAGUGCGCGCCUGGUUCGAGAAUGCGUCCAAGCGUCCGUCCUCGCGGGCAUCAUCGUAUAGCCCCACCUCGGUUCCUGCCAAGUCCGUAGAUUUCCGUUCUGUGCUGCCGGCCUCCUACGCACCCGGGAGCGCCUUCGGUGACGCGGAGCCCUUACUGAAGAGCCCGCGCUCGAAUCCGCCCAACGACGCCGAGCAGCCGCUCGACCUGUCGGUGAAGAGCAAGAGCGGUCCUUCGUGGAGCAACGGCGCCGAUUCCGACAACGAGUACGAGGCACUUAAUCUUAGUCGCAAGUCUCCCAGGACGUCGACGCCGCGAGAGGGUCACCACCCAGCUUCCAACGGUCACUCCGCGGUUCCUGAGCGUCACCUGUCUCCGUCGGCGAGGUCCUUCGCGCCUUACGCGGCGUCCGAAGACUACAAGAUGUCGCUCCUGCACAGGCACUCCCCGAGUCCGCUCCUGCCGGCGGCGAGCAAGUACUUGGCCCUCUCGGCGCUCAAGGGCUACGAUCUAGACGGUCAGGUGGACCUCCACCGAUAUCGGGAAUCCUUCGCGGACCGGCAGCAGCACGGCUUCCCUCCGGUGUUUUCAGAGCCGUCCUCGGUCGCCGGCCUGCUGCUGGCGUCCCCGCACGCUGCGCUGUCGCCUCCGAGUGCUGAUUUCAUUCGGUCGUCGACUUCGUCGGACAGCCACGACGGCACGGCCAGCCCGCACGGCGCGUCCAACCUGUGCGACGGCAAGAUGGCGGUGUCGCCGUAUUAUCACGACGACCCUAUCGACGGCGAGCCCGGAAGUCCCAAGAUGAAGGCAUUCCAGAGGCAAGCCUUCAAGCAGGGCGAGCUUGGGAGCGGAGCUGGAGACGACAGCGUCGCCGAGGACAGUCCGUCGACCGACGACGACCCUCGCCAACCUGGGGCCAAGAAGCGAAAGUUGUCCGCCCGGGGAGACAGCGCCUCCGAGGAGGGCAUGUUCUCGUGCGACCAGUGCGACAAGAUGUUCAGCAAGCAGAGUUCUCUCGCAAGGCACAAGUACGAACACUCCGGGCAACGGCCGCACAAGUGUGAUGUGUGCGAAAAAGCUUUCAAGCACAAGCACCACCUGACGGAGCACAAGCGGCUGCACAGCGGCGAGAAACCGUUUCAGUGCCAGAAGUGCCUCAAGCGCUUUUCCCACUCUGGCUCGUACAGUCAGCACAUGAACCACAGGUUCAGCUACUGCAAGCCGUACAGAGAGAAUGGCAAGUAAGUGGCUGCCGCUGCCGCCACCCACCACUUCGAGCCACUUCGGAACAAAAAGGCUUUCGUCGUGCUGCCAACGGGGAAUGCAAUCUUCUCGCGAGAGACUGUCCACUGGCGUGCUGCGCGCCGUCACCGGCGACUCUUCCGUCGAGGAUACUCCACAGUAUUCCGUGCAUCGCAGCACGGUCGCUCCUGCCCCAUUCCAUGCGGCGGCGACGGCCCGGACGUCCACCCACGCGGCAGUCCAGCCGGCCGACCUACGGCGCCUCCUCGUCCGCGGCUUGGACGAUCGCGACGGCCGCGUUCACAAUCCGGAAUCAGUAUUUCGAGGGAAGAGCUUCGCACGCAUGCGUGUGAAGGGACUGCUGAACAUCCUGCCGGCACAACGCACCGAGACGUGGGCCGGAUGGCUCCCCCAUCAAGGAGCCACCUCUGAGGCCUCGCCGAGCGACGGACCGGAGGAAGGAGAACUUCGCGGUACGCGCACCGCUGCUUUGGACUCGCACGCUGCGCCCAGCACGUUCCCGGCCAGUGCGUGUGUGACCCUUCGAGUUACUUUCGAGAAUUCGGAGUCCCCCAUGACCCGCGGACCAACUUUGCGCCGGUCCAGUGUCCGCGAACACGCAGCUUACGGGAUCAAAAUAAGAAGGGAAAAGAAAUGAAAGAGGGAAACGGACUCUGAAAACUGUCGCAGCAUUUCGCCGGAUGUAUACUAAUAUAACUCCGUUUUUACGGCCGCUUCCAUUAUGGCUGUCUCCGUGCUUGUGCGCGUGGCAAAGUGAGAAAGACGCGCUGCUGUUGCCUGUCUGUCUUCUAUGGGCGCGACAGCGUGCGCGAUCUAGCAUUUCGUGUGUCUGUGAAGCUGCUUCGUUUUCUGUACGAUCUUACCAGUUGUGUUUUUAUUUGCACUUCUUGACCAGAAACGGUUGCGCAUAGGUAUGCAUAGUCCACUGCUGUUUCCUGUGUUUGUUUUUUGGUUUUUUGGUUUACUAGUGUUUUUUUUUUUUUUUUUUCUGGCGCAUUUGCAGUUAGUGCGGCGUGCCCUGCCACUUGUUAGAAGGAGAGGCCCCUAGUCGGCCUCGCUGGUUACUCCUCACGCUUGAAAAGCAAUGUGAAAAAGCGCUUGUUUAUUAUUUUUAACACGUUUGUGCAUAGCUGGAAUGACCGUGUAUCCACGGAAGAGCCUGAUUUUCACCACCACACUUCACGAAACUUCUUCCAGAUGCUCGCGUUGUGAUGACGACAACGAAGAAAUGCCUACAUUUGUAUGGUGCAUUGAUUUUAUGUUCAGCUAUAUUUUACUGAGGCAGUGUUCACAAUUUUCUAGACGUCUUUUUUUUUCUCCUGUAUUUGCCCCUUUUUAAUCUUUCCGGUCAGUAGUCCCUCCUCAAUUGGUCGUUCCAUCUAGUCGUCCUGCAAUGUAAUCUACGUCAAAGUAUGAUACCAAAAAACCUAAUCAAACGGGAUAUAUUUGUGACCGAGAAAAGAAGUAUAAAAAGACAAGCUAAGAAUCAGACACUAGUCAGAGAAUAAUAGUCCUUUUUCGGGACCUACGUGCAAUUCCCUUUGUGGCUUUUUUUUUUUUUUUGCUUUCCGUAAGAAAGAAAAGAUUUCUGUUUGUCCAGCUCUCGUGAAGACACACGUGAAUGCCGACAGAAAGCAAAUGCUACAAAAUGCAGCGCGCAUAUGACCGCCAUAUGCAAUCAACCAGUGUACAUACCUCAAACCAAAUGCGUUCCGUUAUUCAUCCGUUACUGUCCACAUCGAGAUGAAUUGUCACAUUACGCAACAUUACUCUCGCGCACGCGCGUGUGUAAAAAGCCGCGACAUCACGGAAAGCUCGCGCACAACAUGCAAUCUCCAGGUAUAUAUAUACUAUACAUAUUAUAUAUAAGAAAUAUAUAUAUAUAAUAGUCGGAAGAGUUCAUUUUUGGACACAGUUCUGGGUCCAUGUCUCAUUUUCUUCGAUUGUUUUUGUCUCGAACGCGAUAUUGUUUCGCGGCGCAUUAGUUUUUUUUUUUUUUUUCGUUUUUAUAUCAUAUUGCUAGUGUACCAAAAAAUUCUCGGUAUAACACGCUGACCACACUUGUAUAUAAAUAUAAAGCGCAAGACAGUUAUUUUUCGCGUUUUUGUUUUUUGUCUUUGCAUUCAGCUUUUUCUUUUUCAUUUCGUUUUACCAUUUCUCAAGCGACGUCAACUAUUCAUUGAUUCACUUCACUUUCCCAUUCGAAUCGGCGACUUCUCCGUCAGUACGCCAGGUUUUCUUAGCGCCUUGCUUUGCUCUCGCAGCCGGUGCAGUAGAGUCACCCUUUUUCCGCGCAACAACACAGAGUUGAGUCAGUGUCUCGAAAAUUCUCUUUCACUGUAUUUUCCGAAUCCCCCGCGCAAAAGAAAAAAAAAAACAAUUUUUAUUUUUGGUACAUUGAUAUUAUUUAAUCAAAACCUGUGACGAUGUUCCUCGGUAAGUUUCCUAAGUUAAAACAGCCUUAUUUUGUACGAAACGGCUUUCAAACGACCAUACAGAAAGAUCAGAGCAGGUUUCGGUCGGCAGGAAACCUGGACUUAUUAGUGUUCGCUGCGUUGGUGUGUCGUUCGAUGGGUGACUCUUCUGCGUUCUCUAAACAGUCUCGUUUCUCCAUCAAAUGUUUUCUAUUGGGCGUACAGACUUGUAGCCUCCUUGAUGAGUGUAACUAGUCACUCUGUAUUAUAGUUGAACCCCCCAUCGCUUUGCUUUGUCGAAACUGCCUGCAUUUUCGGCGGAAGUUUUAAGGGAAAAAAAAUGCACUCCUGACCUUUCCUUAAUUUUUUUUUCUCGCUCCCGUAAUUUUAUUUGCAUUGCUACGACGCCAGUUCCAAAGUAUACGCAACGUCGCCUUUUAAGCUUUUGCAUUUUUAUUCUCUUUGUUUUUCGUAAGACAAUCUUGGAUUGGUUGUAAUGGAAUAUGUCACCAGCUGAUUUACUAGUUUUCGCUGGCAGUUCACGCUUUGUUAUACCAAUAUAAAGCAAUGAUACCAUAGUGCAGCCGAUCGCUCCGAAACGAGUGCCAAAAUGAUCUGUUCUAUUUCUGUUAGCAGUGAAAGAAUGUACUGUUCUGUGUUUGACCUGUUUCUUUUUUCUUUUUCUUUUUGCGUUACUUAGCGAUUCCUGUGUACUCAUCGCUGCUGUAAACCUUUCAGACUCCGCUCUUUUUGCAGUGAGAAAGCCCUCGUGGAGAGAAAAUGUCACAACACAUCUUCGAUCGCAGUUUCUUCCGAUCCUUCAUAGAGAGAACCAGUACCUAUCUCCCUCUUGUUUUAUUUCCUCCAAACAGUGCCAAAGAAAUAUUAUAUUAGCCACGUUGGUCAUUCGCCAAAGAAGUGAGCUUUUUGCGAUGGCUGAGAAAAGUUGCUCCUAGUUUUUUUUUGUUUUUUUUUUUUGUUUUUUUUUAUCGUUUUUUUUUUAAAUAAACAAAAUAUAUACCACAUAGGAAAAAGUCGUCGCGAAUUGACGCUGGAGAAAUCUAGUAUUUCCUGUGCCGAGAAGUGAGGCCUUUCCACGUUUCGUGGCACUGCGAUUGUUUCGCUACCUGGAGACAUGUGCCUCCGAAAGCCACGAGCGUUGGAUCUCAAAAUGUUCAUUCAGAAUCGGAUAUUAUCCUUGUACUAUUAUGGCUGUUCCUUUUUCCUUUUUUUUUUUUUUUUUUUAUUCUUCAUAAUUUUGUGGUCAUCCGUGUAAAAUUUAUAUUUUGUAUAAAGCUUUUGUUAACAACUGGA